AUGGGUUGUGUAAGUUCCAAACAAAAGAGAUGUAAUCAUUGCAACACACCUUAUUGUUCUGCUUCUAGAAGCUACACAAUGCAUGUACAUCAUCCACCUCAAAGCAAAGGAGAUAGUUAUCAUCUUGUAGCAUUGACAUCAACUACAUUAGGUUCUUUGGAGCUUGUAUCUCAUAGUCCAAGCAAUGGCUUUGUUCCGACCUCAGGUCCACUACACGCAGAGAAUAAGCGAUGCAGUGGAUUUGAGAUCGGAACAAAUUUCAUGUUUUCCAAUGGAAAGGUUAAUGAGAGUUUCAAAGUGGAGGAAGAGAAUGAGGCCAAGACAUGGUCUAGUAAGAUUGUGGAGAAGUUGCCAAAAUCUAUUGUCAAGAAUCAAGUCACAAAACCAACCUGUGAGCUUGAUGAGAAGGAAACUAUCAUCAACACAUGGGAACUAAUGGAAGGGCUUGAAGAUACGUGUCCUUUACAAUCACCAAAUCACUUAAAAACGUUCUCUUUGGAUGUCAAUGUUAAUGGCAAUGUUGGACCACAAAAGACUAGUUUCAUGGAGAAUGAUGAUGAUGGGAUUGAUUUACACAAACCCAAGUUGGAUCCAAUGAUUGAGGAGGGUUCAAUUGAUCUCAAGGUUAAAGUUUUAGAUUUUGAUGAUUUUAAAGUUGUUUCCUCAUUCAAGGAUUCAUUUCAAGAGAAUCCAGAAGGGAUGGAUAAGAAGAUAUCCUUUUUUGAGGAAAAGAAAAUCAAUGAUGAUGUUUUUGUAGAUUUCAAGGUUUCCUCACAUGGGAAGAAGGAAAAAGUUGUCUUGUAUUUCACAAGCUUACGUAUGGUGAGAAAAACUUAUGAAGAUUGUUGCCAUGUUAAGAUGAUUUUGAAGGGAUUAGGCAUAAGGGUUGAUGAGAGAGAUGUGUCAAUGCAUUUAGAAUUCAAAGAAGAGCUCAAGGAGUUACUUAGUGAAGAGUAUGGUAAAGGAGGAUUACCAAAGGUGUUUAUUGGAAGGAAAUACAUUGGUGGAGUUGAGGAAAUUCAAAAACUUCAUGAUGAUAAGAAGCUUGAGAAAUUGCUUGAUUGUUGUGAAAAGAUUGAUGAGAUUGAAGGAGGAGAUAAUGGUGGAUGUGAAGUUUGUGGUGAUAUAAAGUUUGUUCCUUGUGAAACAUGUUAUGGAAGUUGUAAAAUUUACUAUGAAGAUGAUUGUGAAGUUGGUGAGUUUGGAUUUCAAAGGUGUUCUUAUUGCAAUGAAAAUGGACUAGUUAGAUGUUCCAUGUGUUGUUUCUAG